AUGGAAGUAGGGGAUGGAAGACGGACUCAGUUUUGGCAAGAUAAUUGGGUGCAAGGUGGUCCUCUGAAAGGAAGUUUUCCAAGACUCUUCUCAAUUUCAAAUCAACAAGGAUCUGUGAUCGGAGACUGUGGGUUCUGGAAUGGGUUAGAGUGGGUUUGGAAUUUUCAGUGGAGGAGGGAUUUGUUCCAAUGGGAGUUGGAAUUGGCUCAUCAACUUCAUGAGAGAUUAAGACCAGUGAAACUAUCAGCUGGUAGAGAGGAUAAUAUUGUGUUACAAUCGGAGACUCUAUCGGCGGAGAUUACGAGCUAUAGUUUCACUAAAUCAAUUUGGGGAGGACUUGUACCUCGAGAAUUGAGCUUUUUGGCUGGUUCAUUCUGGAGAUGGAAACUGUUCAUCAUUUAUUUCUUGUAUGUGAGUUUACGUGGAAGGAAGGUGGAGCAGCGGAUGUUUUUGAUUGGGUUUUUUAUAGUGAUUUGGAAUAUCUGGAGAGAGCAAUAUAAUAGAAUUUUCAAUAACAGGAAAGCAGGUGCUGAGGAUGUGCAACGAAGGAUGUUUUUGAGCUACAAGGAGUGGUCUGGUACUGAUCCUUUUGGUUGUUGA